ACUUCCAUGUUUAGUGAAAUCACGUAACCUUCACCGUUUCUAAAAAUCAAAACCCUUCUUCGCUGGAUCACAAACAAACAAAACAACCAAACAAUCCUAUAAAACCAUUUCUCUUGAAUCCUUCACAACACACAAUAAAGUUUCUGCUAAAGAAAAAACAUAAUAAAGUUUUUUUCUUUCGCAAGUCUCGUGAACGAUGGUGUCUAAGAACGUUUUGGUAACCGGCGGUGCUGGAUACAUCGGAAGUCACACGGUGCUUCAAUUGCUUACCGGCGGUUACUCCGCCGUAGUUGUCGAUAACCUCGACAAUUCAUCCGCCGUUUCUCUCCAGCGCGUGAAGAAACUCGCCGCCGAACACGGGGAACGUCUCUCCUUCCACCAGGUUGAUCUCCGGGACAGACCUGCCCUUGAAAAGAUCUUCUCAGAAACAAAGUUUGAUGCAGUGAUACACUUUGCUGGACUUAAAGCAGUCGGUGAGAGUGUAGACAAGCCUUUGCUGUAUUAUAAUAACAAUCUUGCUGGGACAAUUACGCUUUUGGAAGUCAUGGCUCAAUACAACUGCAAAAAUCUUGUGUUUUCAUCAUCAGCAACUGUGUAUGGCUCACCAAAAGAAGUUCCUUGCACAGAGGAGUUUCCAAUCUCUGCAUUGAACCCAUAUGGACGAACAAAGCUAUUCAUUGAGGAGAUCUGUCGUGAUGUAUAUGGCUCUGAUCCGGAAUGGAAGAUCGUACUGCUUAGGUAUUUCAACCCUGUUGGUGCACAUCCUAGUGGUGACAUUGGUGAAGAUCCCCGUGGUAUUCCAAACAAUCUCAUGCCUUUUGUCCAGCAAGUCGCUGUUGGAAGGAGACCUCAUCUCACUGUCUAUGGAAAUGAUUACAAUACAGUAGAUGGAACAGGGGUUCGAGAUUACAUUCAUGUAAUGGAUUUAGCUGAUGGACACAUAGCCGCUCUGCGUAAGCUAGAGGAUUGCAAAAUCGGUUGUGAAGUGUACAAUCUUGGAACUGGAAAUGGAACAUCUGUUCUUGAAAUGGUUGACGCCUUUGAAAAAGCGUCUGGGAAGAAAAUCCCUCUGGUGACCGCCGGACGUCGUCCAGGAGAUGCUGAAGUUGUUUAUGCAUCAACAGAGAGAGCAGAAAGUGAAUUGAAUUGGAAGGCCAAAUACGGGAUUGAGGAGAUGUGCAGGGACUCAUGGAACUGGACUAGUAAUAAUCCUUAUGGAUAUGAUUCCUCUGAUGCCUGAAGAUUUCUCAUUAACAACCCUCUUUUAAUAUUCUUCUUUUCUUUAACUUAUUUGUCUACCUAUCCCAUAUGUGAAAAACUCACAGGAAAAAGCUGAUUGAAAGAAAAUAUUGAAGUUGUGUAUUUUUACAAUAAUAAUUAUCAAAUCCUUACUGUUUCAAGUGA